CGGGACGUAGUAGUGGGCGGUGCAAAGAGUUUCGUCUCCGUUAAGCAACAGGACAUCGGAAAGAAUCCCCCUUGGCCUGCAGUUCCCUCUGCUGAGGUGACGUCUCUUCCCGGGGGCACCAUGCCGAACAUCAAGAUCUUUAGCGGGAGCUCUCACCAGGACUUGUCUCAGAAAAUCGCUGACCGGCUAGGGCUAGAACUGGGGCGUGUGGUCACCAAAAAGUUCAGCAAUCAGGAGACGUGUGUUGAGAUUGGAGAGAGUGUUCGAGGUGAAGAUGUUUAUAUAGUCCAGAGUGGCUGCGGAGAGAUAAAUGACAACUUAAUGGAACUUCUGAUCAUGAUAAACGCAUGCAAGAUAGCAUCUGCCUGCCGUGUCACUGCUGUUAUACCUUGCUUUCCAUAUGCACGUCAGGAUAAGAAAGAUAAGUCAAGAGCUCCAAUCUCUGCUAAGCUUGUUGCCAACAUGCUGUCUGUGGCUGGGGCUGACCACAUAAUUACUAUGGACCUACAUGCCUCCCAGAUCCAGGGUUUUUUUGAUAUUCCUGUGGAUAAUUUAUAUGCUGAACCUGCUGUCUUGAAAUGGAUUCGUGAAAACAUUGCAGAAUGGAAAACAUGCACAAUAGUGUCACCAGAUGCUGGGGGUGCCAAAAGAGUAACAUCAAUUGCUGAUCGACUAAAUGUCGACUUUGCUUUAAUACACAAGGAAAGGAAAAAGGCUAACGAGGUGGAUCGUAUGGUUCUUGUAGGAGAUGUAAAAGAUAAAGUGGCAAUUCUUGUUGAUGAUAUGGCAGAUACCUGUGGAACAAUAUGUCAUGCGGCAGAUAAACUUUUAUCUGCAGGAGCCACCAAAGUGUAUGCAAUCUUGACACAUGGUAUAUUUUCUGGCCCUGCCAUUUCUCGGAUUAAUAACGCAUGUUUUGAAGCUGUGGUGGUGACUAAUACUAUACCUCAAGAGGAGAAAAUAAAACAUUGUUCUAAAAUUCAGGUCAUCGACAUCUCUAUGAUCUUGGCUGAAGCCAUUCGACGAACACACAAUGGGGAGUCUGUCUCUUACCUGUUCAGCCAUGUUCCUUUAUAGUAUCUUUACCAGCUAAUUAUGCUUUCCCUUGUAUUUGUCCCUGAAUGUACACCUAACAGGGCACAAUAUAGUCUAAUUCUUUUAUUUUCCAUUCCUAAUUUGCAAGGAAACCCAUUCUUGUAGAAAAAAAUGGAAACUGCAUUCAUUCUGCUGGAGAGGCCCAUAUCUACUGUAGCUGCAAUGGAAGGCAUGAAGAGUCCGUCCAUUAUUUUAUUUGUGUUGUGUAUUUUAAUGGACUUGGUUAGAAAUUACCACUUUGUGAAUGAAGAUGGAAAGAUGAAAACUUGGCUGUCUUAAUCGUGUUUUUGUGUGUUUUUUUGUUUUUUUAAAUAAAGCAGGCUAUUUCUCAAUAGUUCCACUUGUAAAAGAUCACAUCCGUGAUCUAACAUUUACUGGCAUUUGUUUGCUUUUGUGUUUUGUGGUUUUUAGUGACUGACAAAAUGCUUCUUGAGACAAGCCACUGUCCUUUGUAACCAGUAAAAGGGCUUCACAUAUUUAAGGGGGAUCUAAAGGAAGAUAUGUAAAUGUUUGCUAUGUCUUAUAAGAGAUGAAGGUUCACCAAAUGCCACUGUUACAUUAUUUAGAUUUUAUUUUUUUUUUAACUGAAAAGGAUUUUGUCAGAUUAUACAUUUCUUAUGCAAAAUAAACAAAGUGAAAUAUUAAAAAAACCUUUAGUCCAUUUAUGCACCAUUUGACCAACCUUCUGUCUUUUUUUUUUUUAUAAUUAUUGCCUACCUAAAACGAUAUUUGGGGGGAUUUUUCAAAACCUGUGGAGCAGUUGCCCAUAGCAACCUAUCAGAUUUCUUCAGAAAAAUGAAAGUAUGCUUGGUUGCUAUGGGCAACUGCACCAAUUUUCCUGUUCACAGGUUUUGAUAGAUCCCCAUCCCCCCUUAUGCUUGUCUAAACAAAUGGUAGUUCAAUAGCUAUUGAAAAAGGGGUCUCCCCGAAACGCGUCUAGCCCUGUACCUACUUCACACAGACCACCUCUGGAACUAUUACCCACUCCCAACAUUGGCAACAGCUGGAACCCCCCCAUUGCCGGGACCACUGUUCAGGAUGUGCGCACGCUGCUGCGCAUACAAGCAUCACCUGCAUCCACUCACCAACCUGCCUGUUUGCCGUGAUUCCAUCCGUAAGACUGAGCAAUAAUCUGUGCCCCACCGGAGGAGGUUUGGGACACACCGCGCAGACACAUCUAUUGUGCCGGCUGCCGAGCCAGCCUGCGACGAGGAGCCCAGCAAACCAGGGGCUACCAUCUCGACCCAACAAUCAUUACUUGCUACAGUAUCUCUGGAUCUAUACUUGUUACAAUAUUUGCUGGAUUACAACACAUUGCUACUGUUAUUCAAAUUGCUACUGUUAUUCUAAGACUGCCAAUAAUACAAAUCAGAUAACAGAAACGGCUGGAUUUGACCAAAUAUAAUCCAAGUUAUACAGAGGUGGCUGCUAUAAACUAUUAUUUAAUUUAAUUUUAUCUUACAUCAUUGUUUUUAU